CCCCCAUGAACCACGCAACUCACGUGCUGGAUGUAGACACCCGCGCCCAGAACUCCUUGUGAAGGAUGUAACAUUUUCUUUCCCUCGCCUUCUUGGAGAUAUUGUGUUCAUCAUCCUCAUUGACGAUCAUAAAGAUGUCGGUAUUCCGACCUGGACUUUUUGCUGGAAAAGUUGCCAUCGUCACGGGAGGAGCAACAGGCAUCGGGAGAGCCAUUUCGGAGGAGCUACUUUCAUUAGGCUGUCGAGUGGUGAUUGCCUCCAGGAAGAAAGAGAGGCUGGAGGAAGCUGUGAAAGAAAUGGACCCAAGUGGAAAGAGCUUGGAGGCUAUCCAGUGCAAUAUCAGGCGUGAAGAUGAAGUCCAAAACCUCUUCACAAAGACCCUGUCCAGAUUCGGACACUUGGAUUUCCUGGUGAACAACGGUGGCGGGCAGUUUCCAUCUCCCUUGGCCGACGUGACCUUGAAGGGGUGGGAGGCUGUGAUUCAGACCAAUCUCACGGGAACCUUCCUCAUGUGCCGUGAAGCAUACAGAACUUGGUUCCAGGAGAACGGCGGAAAUAUUGUGAAUAUAAUCGCUGACAUGUAUCGUGGCUUUCCCAUGAUGGCACACACGGGUGCUGCUCGUGCCGGAGUGGAAAACCUCACCAGGAGCCUGGCAAUUGAAUGGGCAGCAUCUGGAGUUAGAGUGAAUGCAGUCUGCCCAGGAAGCUCCAUCUACUCGAAAACGGCUCGGGAGAACUACGGGGAAAACGACGUCUUUGAGACCGUCCGUCCCUUCGUUCCUGCCAAACGCCUAGGAACUCCACAAGAGGUUUCCUCGGCCGUCUGCUUUCUGCUCUCUCCGGGAGCAGCUUUCAUUUCUGGGGCCACUCUGCGCGUGGAUGCAGGCGGCAGCCUUUACUCUAACCUCAUGUGGAAUAUCCCUGAACACGAUCGUAUUCCUCCUUACGAAUGGAAGUACAAACCGCCGCAGGAAGGAGAAAAUGAAGGUGAUUCUGGAAAGCCGAAGUCAAAACUGUGAUUUCACCGUAUGUUUCACUCAACAAACUUCUUUUGCAGUGACUCAGGACUGCUCAAUUACAUGCCAUAUUAUUCCUUCAUAUUCCUUUCUCCUCUUUGGCUGUGGACCUAUUUUUGCCAAGGGUAUUGUUAGAGUCAUGUCGCUGCGAUCCAGCUUCGGACAUGCGUUUUACGCCUCUGAGUGCUUCUGUGGGCCCCUGUGUGUGUGUGAGACAGUGUCUCAUGUUGUUGAUUGUUGAAAACCUG